AGUUACAAGGCGCACAUCCUUCACUAUCUUCACACAUAUCGGAUAAAGAGCAGCAGUUAUGGUCCACCCGCGUGUGUGUCCCGCUCUUCAGCCCGGCGGAUCCUACUUUCCUGGAUUGACGGAUUAAACACCCGGAAGAUCACCGGCGUCUUCAUCCAUGAACAGGAGAUGACAUCUUGGGCACCUGCCGCGGCCACCAUGUACAGGAAAAUGCAUCUUUGGCUUUUCCACGUCCUGAUCUCGGCGGCGAGCGCGGCCGAGGUGCUCAGCUCUUACGGAGGGAUUUGUCAAAGACUGUGUGAGUGUGAAGAGAAAGAAGGGAUACUGACAGUCAGCUGCGAGAACAGAGGCAUCGUGAGGAUCUCGGACAUCCGCCCGGUUCAGGCGCACCAGUACUACCUGCUCCUCACCGGGAACCUUUUGAACAAGCUGUCCGCCAACGACUUUGUCGACUACACCGGACUCACCAUCCUCCACCUGGGCAGCAAUGAAAUAUCGGUGCUGGAAGCGGGGGCAUUUAACGGACUUCAGGGAUUAAAGCGGUUGCACCUGAACAACAACAAGAUCGACGCCUUGAAGGAGGAGUUGUUUGUGGGGCUGGAGAGUCUGGAGUACCUUCAGCUUGAUUAUAAUUACAUCACGCACGUGGCGGCGGACGCCUUCAGCAGACUUCAACAUCUCGAGGUGCUGAUUCUUAAUGACAACUUGAUAUCUGCGUUGCCCGUCAACAUUUUCCAGCACGUCCCGCUGACACACUUGGACUUGAGGGGAAAUCAGCUGAAAGUGCUCCCUUACUCGGGUCUGCUGGAGCACAUGAACGGUGUGGUGGAGCUGCAGCUGGAGGAGAAUCCCUGGAACUGCUCGUGUGAGUUGAUUACUCUGAAAACCUGGCUGGAGAGCAUAUCCUACACCGCCCUGGUGGGGGACGUCGUCUGCGAGUUCCCGUUCCGCCUGCACGGAAGGGAUCUCGACGAGGUUUCCAAGCAGGAGCUGUGUCCCAGGAGAGCCAUUGCCGAGUAUGAGAUGCCACCCCUGCCCCAUUUGAGCACCGACGCAUACUAUAGGAGCACACCAGCUCAAGUCACCGCCUCUCUGACCUCGUCUGGGAUCGCGCGCUCCUCAUCCAGACCCACCAAGGGCCCACGGCAGUCAGGAAAAUUAAAAUCAAGACCGACUGCUCGGGUGCCAUCCAACAAACCGCAGAAUUACGGCCAGAUUAUUUCCUACCAAACCAAAUCCCCCGUGCCUUUAGACUGCCCGGCUGCCUGCACCUGCAAUCUCCAGAUCUCAGACCUCGGCCUGAACGUGAACUGCCAGGAGCGGAAGAUCGAGUACAUCUCAGACCUAAAUCCAAAACCGUACAACCCCAAAAAGAUGUACCUCACCGGGAAUUUCAUCCCCGUGGUGCGCAGGUCCGAUUUUCUUGAGGCCACUGGAUUAGACUUACUUCAUCUAGGGAACAACCGGAUCGCUCGGAUACACGAGCAGGCGUUUGAGGAUUUGACUCAUUUGAGGAGGCUCUAUCUGAACGGCAACUUGAUCGACCGUCUUACCUCCGACAUGUUCUACGGACUGGAGAGCCUGCAGUUCCUGUAUCUGGAGUACAACGUGAUCAAGGAGGUGGCCUCCGACAGUUUCCAGCAUGUUCCCAAACUCCAGCUGCUCUUCCUGAACAAUAAUCUGCUGAAAACGCUGCCAGCGGAGACCUUCAGAGGCCUGACUUUGGCGAGGCUCAACCUGCGCAGCAACCUUCUCAGGUACCUACCUGUCGGCGGCGUGCUGGAUCAGCUGACGGCGCUGGUGCAGGUGGAUUUGUUCGAGAAUCCCUGGGACUGCUCUUGUAGCAUUCUGGAUCUGAGGAUGUGGCUGGAACAGCUGAGCACCGGCACGGUGGUAAACAACGUUAUCUGCGGCUCCCCUAAGAGGCUCGCCGGGGAGGAUAUGAGAUACAUCAAGACGUCUAAUUUCUGCCCUAAUAACUCCAACACCCCUGCGUCUGUCAUCCCCCCCUCGGAGGAAACCUUCCCCGGCAGCACCAUCACCAUAGAAACGUCGCUGGACUCUGACACGCACUUCAGCAGCAUCCCUCUGUCUGUGAUGAUCCUUGCUCUGCUUCUCAUCUUCAUCAUGUCAGUGUUUGUGGCCGCCGGCUUGUUUGUGGUCAUGAAGCGGCGACACCAGAAGAAUCAGAACGAGCAGAACAACUCCAUGAACGCCUGCAUCAGCUCCCUCAACAUGGAGUACGGCCUUUACAAGAAGGCGGGCGCCAUUCCAAAGGUCAAGACGUCAGCCGGGCAUCUCUACGAGUACAUCCCGCCUCCGGCAGAGCCGGCGAGCCGCAGCGCCGCUCACACCCCCGCCGACAGCAAGUCCGUGGACGGCUUUAGGGACUUCGAUGAGUUGAGUGGCGCUUUCCUCGCUAACUCGGAUGAGGAAGCGGCCAGUAACAUAAUCAGCUCGGAGUACAGCGCCACGUCUCCGGAGCCUCUUAAUAAGUCCUCCACCCCUCGCCGCGAUGAUCCGGGUUACCGCAGAGACGCGCUGGAGCCCGACAAGAACACACGCCACAGCAACACAUUGCCCUGCAGACACGGAGCGCAUUCAUCCGCUCAGUAUACCUCAGACUUUGAUGUGGGACAUCAAUACACGCAUCCAGAUCGCAUACAGCAGGCCAUUCUCUACUGCACAACGCCGAGUACUGUUUACGUGGAGCCCAACAGAAGCCAGUACUGGGAAAUGAAGGCAAAGCUCCACAUUGAUCCAGAUUACCUGGAAGUUCUGGAGAAAAGGACAACAUUUACCCAGUUUUAAGCUUCUCAUCCCGGAAUGGUGCGAUGGAUGAUUUUUCAAUCGGGAAUUACGUCCUCCUGGAAAAACGUUUGUGCUCAGGAGUUUGCAUAUGCCGGCUCUAAAACAGAGAUAAACGAGGAACUGUUAGCAGCAAAGGCGAGAUCCUCAUGACUCAUGCUUUCAUCACAUUCACCCUGCAGCUGUUUCAUUGACGAUUGUUUGAGCUUUUCCACUCAAAUGGUCCCGACUUCAUGCGAGUGCCGUUGAACCGUGACAUGUCCCCGUUCUUAAAAUAACAACAGCAGAAUGUUUAAGGAGACGCAGGAGCUGAGCCGGGAGGAUUUCUUCCUUUGUUCCAGUCAGACCAAAGGUGUUCGAGAGUUUGAACCUGCGAGGGGUGCGAUGUUCCGCCUCCUCACAAACCGGUGAUUUAUUAUUCAUUUAGACAAGUGAGAAAACGUGGCAUCAUCCAGCUUGCUGUUACCUCUUCAUUAUUAAUUCGACCUUUCUACAGUGAGAAACCAAAUUAGAAGAUUGUUUCUUCUUCUUUCAAAGCAGGGCUCAGGGGCCAGCUGUGGCCCUCGUCAAAUCUCAUGUGGUCUCUCGUGAAAUGUCACUUGUGACUCGCGACAAUGACCACGUUUACACAGCUGUUGAGAAAAUGGAAUCAGAGUCGGACUAAGAUUAUGUGCCAUAAUCCAAUUCAAUCCAGUUCAACUGGACCACAGCAGCACGUAGCCAUUAGCAUGGUUGAGAUAGGACUGGGCAACCCUCCUGCCAUCUAAUUUUUUGAAGCAACAAAACCAAUCUACCACACAAGUGGGGAAUAUAAUGUAUUAUAUAAUGAGUAUUUUCACGAUUCAAGUGGACAUUUAAAAUGUCCCAGAAUGCUUCAGCAGGAGCUAGUCACCUGUCACUGCUGACAAAAUGAUUUAAACAUGAAGUCCGUUUUCAAAGAGGACAUAGCACCACCUAUUGUCAUGGAGGAGACAUUACCUGGAUUCACUGUCUGAAUCUCGUCCCAACCGCAGCAAGGCUGGUGCCUCCGUCCGUCUGCAUGUAAACGUGGUCAUUGUCAACCAGGGAGUACAAGACGCUCAACUGCUCAAUCUAAAUGUCGACUGUAGAGCACGGACGGAUUCCAAAGCAUCGCUUCUGCUAGUGAGACAGAUGAGCCUGGCAGUAGAGGAACAGCAGAAGAGAGCCAGAUGCAAAACCCAUCACUUCUGAAAGCAUAAAGUCAGCAGACGUUCCACUCCAGCUGAGCAAAGCUGCUCUCGAUGCUGGCUGCGACAAAGCAAUAUGGUGGGUGAGGCUAGCUCAGAUGCUAGCAUGUUAGCCACACAUGAACAUGGAGGUACAGGCACAGCUACGGCGCAAUAAUAGCUUGAGAGUUUCCCUGGGCAGAACACGACGAAGGCACUUGAGGGAGGCAUUGAUACGACGAGAAGGCGAAGGCCACUCUUGACCUUAUCUUGCUGCCAAUCCGAUCAUCUCACACUUCCUCUUGCUUUGUCAGCGUCCUGGUUGUCACUGUCUAUCUGUGCUGCCGUCCUUGAUGUCAAUCAUGACGCGGCAUUGAGGAGAAGGUCAAACCGAGCUGGAAAAUGAUGUGUCUGUGAUUGACGUGCAACUGAUGUCACAAACCCAGUGGAGCCAAAUAAGCCACUUUCAGAUGAAGCCACGCUGUGUUUUUGGGCCCUCAGGGUCCAGAGCUGUGCACUGGCUUGAGAAUUUCAAAACACAAUUUUACCUUUUCAAUCCUUCCUCGUCCACCGAGCCAGCGGCAGUUAAAAAUGCUUUUAAACAAAAUAAAAUGAUUGAUUCUGCUAUUUAAUCAUGUCCAAAACUGUAACCCUUUAGAUGCCAACUUGGACCCAUUUAGCAAGUGAAAUACUUUUUUGAGGGGAUUAUUGUUGAAUGUUUGUGGUUUUCAGAUAUUUUCAUGACUGCUGUGAUGCUGAAUUCAGGGAUCUAUUCCAAUAGGCAUCCAUUGUUUUACUGUGAAUCCCCCCGCCACAGUUUCAGUUGGCCAUCCAUACAUCAGAAACACAGGAACCUAAAAAGCCAAACUCGGCUUUAAACUGGCAUUUUUAAGGUGUGAACGCGGAAGAAAAUUCCAGAAAUGAACAGCUCUCUGGCAGCAGGUGUAAAGGCUGAGAAGCAGAGAAAGUGUGUCACGGUGUUAGUAAAUAUUCCGUUAGCUCCGGCAGCGUGAUAAAAGGUGGAGAGGAUGAAAAAGAAUGUACUGGGCGAGCGCUUGCUGUGGUCAGCGGAGGACUGAGGACGGCUGGGAAGUCGACGUCACACCUUCCCAGCACAAAGAAUCCAAAGCAUUCCACAAGUACCUCUCUGUGAAGUUUGACGCAGGAGCCAUCAAAGAAGCCUCCGCGUCUCUCCAGAAAUGUUCCUCCAGAGGAAACAAAGAGCGAGCGGCGCGCGGCUGUGAUCAGUCGCAGAGAUGAUUAAAACAAGUUUUAAUGAAGCGUGGCUCGCCAAAGAACCCACAACUAGGCCAGUAAGUCUGCGCUCGCUUGUUUACAAAACACAAUGUACUUUGCUCAAAGGGAGAUCUGUCAGAAACAGUCGCGCUCGCCCGCAUCAGCUCUGUCAAGUCAAUCAAGCGCCCGUAAUGAUGUCACUGGGAAGUCGGAGGUGUGCGGCGCGCCGCGUUUGUUGGACGGCCAGAGACCAUACCACACAAUCCACAGUCAGACGGACAGCGCAUCCGUCCUGCGGUCGGACACGCGCACUAUAAAUAUAUCUACAGACACAUCUUUGUUUUUGGAAAUGUACCGUUGGAGAUGAAGCAGCUUGGCUUCAUUUUGAUGUCUUUUUUUAAACCAACAAACAAAUGUGACCGUCGGUUUUCUACUGUUCGCACACAUUCGGGGUCAACAGCGAUGUCACUUUGGGAAAUGUGGCAGCCAUAUUGGUGUUUGGAUCGUGAGCUCACACUAUGCAUUGAUGAAGGUUGGAGGUCGACAAUCUUGCUUUAACGAAUAGCCAUAGCCGCCAUCUUUGAAGAGGGCGGAGCAUUACAGGUGGAUUCAUCUGGAGCAGGGCUCAGCGAACUGUUCCGGGUGCAGGUUUCUGUUCCCAUCAGGUGUCUUUCUGGGACAGGUUGGUGACCCCUGCUCUAGAGUUCACCCAUCGCAUGGAUUGCUAUGAAUCUGUGAUCACUUGUGGCUGCUACCAAGUAUUUGAUAUGCGGGAAAAAAAACAUGUUUGUCUUCACUUCUUCAGGAGAAAAAAGCGUGAUAGUUCUCACACUUUCUCAUGGCCGAUCAUGAUUGGCUGCUGAUCGACCAGAGCAUCACUAGUUAAGAGUCCUACAAAUGCUCUCAAUACCCUCAAGCCACUGCAUCAUAUCAUGCAUUUUAAACUAGAAAAAGCAAGAUGCUCUGCACAUGUUGGACUAGAAAGAGCUGAGCCAAAAGACUAAGCUCUUCAUACUCACCAGUGGGCGGUGACACUGAGGCCCCGGGUCAGCGCCAGGACGUGAUGUCUGUCAGCUGACCCCUCUAUGGAAAUAAGGUCUGGGCUUCUCAGCCGCAGCAGCUGCCCCCACGACGGGCAACGGACCAUGGAAGGAAGUCGAACGACUAAUUUAAUAUUGAAAGUCUGUGCUCACACAAGCCCUGCAGCGGCACAGGAUCCAAACAUCUCGAUGCUUUGCACAACGUUUAAAACAAACGCUUGACAGUGUUUCACUGGAGGAGCUCAUAAAUAAUACCAAGUGGUGCAGAUCAGAUCGCGAGCACGCCACACAACACCCCUUCAAGACACUGAAACAUCCACAUUCAGAGUUCAAAGAGACGCGCCGGAUCAAAUUUGGGGGAGUUGAGUUCUCUUACAGCCUUUAUGUUCUUUUAAUUGCCAGUGUUUUAAGCGGAAUACUUGAGCGGAUUAGCGUGUGUGGCAGACAAUGAAAUCAUCGUUGCGGGGUUUUUAUUAUCCUCUUACUGCAAAUUUGGCAACCCCACUUCAGAACAUCAGACGCCCCCCUUCCUUCUUCAGUUGGUUGAAGUGCUGCACUCACUUGAGGAAAGGAAACGGUCGGCCCUUCCAAACUGCCAGAGUCGCCCAAGGAAGUGGCGCGUUCGCGGCGCAGCAGACGGGGGAUUGUUUCAGGCCGCCACACGCAGGAGCAGAGGGACGCUGUGUGCAGCUUUCUGAAGUCAAAAUACCUUAUUGAAUGCAAUACAUUUGAAAUUUUUUUAUGGGUGUUCAGGCGGAAAAAGUGUCUUACAUCAAUGUUUGCUUUUUGAAAUAACCCCCCACCAUCUGCAUUCUAGUUCCCGGGUCCAGUUUCCUUGAGAGUUUCGUGCACGGCGUAGAACCUCAUCACUGCAGAGUUAUGCACCAGUCCUGCCAACUCAUUUAAUGAGAGGACGUGGUGUCGGAGGACUCGGCGAGCGUGUCAACGCGCGGCAUGAGUCAUGUUGUUUACCCAGGGCCCGCCUCCCCAGCGAUGAGGGGCAUUUGGGGAUUGUUGGAGUUCUUCAAGUGAACAUGCACAGUGAAGCAUGCGGGAAUCUGCACCGAGGGUUGGUUCAAAAUGUGCAAAUGUGGAUGUUGUGGUCUUUGAAUUUAUGCUUAUGUUGUUUCUUUUGGAUCUGCUGUGCAACAACUGUUCAUUUGGGAGGCUGUUUUUGUGCAAAUAAAUUAUAUGCAAAGAUUUCAAUAAAAACUACGAGCUUUCCUCACGAGACUCGCCUCAGAUGGAGCCUGUGUGGCCCGGUCAGCUCAGCCACUCCAGACUUGUCAUCGUGUCUUCACCCCCACACCGUCAAGUCUGGGAGGCGACUCCCCUUUCCCCAGACUCUGCAGUCCGGUC